GAUGCAUUGUGUAGUCUUUUGUAGUUCCCCCGGAUGAACAGCUGACAGUUGACGGUUAAUGUCCGUUGCGUGUGAUUCCAGCCUUAAUUCGGUUGCCGUGGCGACAGUGCUGAACCGUUGCGGUGCUCGGACUCGGGCUGUGGACUCUUGAACCGGCUGCUUCGUGUUUGUCCGAGUCUCUGGGCUUGUUUACGGUCACACACAGCCAGUCAGCAGCACUUGGAGCUAACGUUAACGCUUCAUGAGGUAGUUUAAAGUGAUGUUUGCUUACGGUGGAUGAGUUUGUGGCUUUGUUGGUACUGAGAGGAGAUGUCUGAGGUCAGGGUGAACCUGUGUGAGGAGGCACAGCAUGUCCAGGAUGGAUCAUCUCCUGAAGCGUCCAGCUCGGACCUGCAGAGUCUUCAGCCUGCGACCUCAUCAGAUGUUAGUCCCUCACCUUCCACCGAGGCGAGGGGCUUGUUGUCAUUACCGUGGGAGAUGGUAACCCACAUUGCCUCGCACCUUCCCGCUCACUGUGUCAUCGCCGUGCUGCCAAAGGUCUGUCAAGCACUGGGUAAUGUGGGUAAGGACAACACUGCAUGGCAGCUCCGGGCACACAGACUAAUAGGAUCCCGAGCUGGCUUUCCGGUGGGGCCAAAGGAGGACUUUGACUGGCCUUGUGCCUGCCUGGAAAUGGAGCAGCUGAUAACCUGCUGGACAGGUCAAGGGCACCUCGUGGCCAGAAGGACCCAAGAAGAAGAAGAUGAGGAGGAGGAAAGGGAACGUGUGAGGCGGCAGCAGCGAGGCGACGGAGGGCAGGAUGGAGAAGCCGCUGCGGAAGGACGGGAAGAUGGUAGAGAGGGUGAGAUAGAAGGAGUGGGAGUGGUUGCGCAGGAGGUUGCGUACGGUGUUGAUGAAGGGAUGGAGGUGGCAAUGGAAGGGGAAGAUGGUGAAAUGCAGCCCGUCGUCGGUGGGGAUCAACUGGCAAGACUGAGAGAGGCUUUGGAGGAGAGACUGGACGACGACGCAGCAGCACUAAUGGAAGACGCUGAUGGGGGUCAAGGUGGUGCUCUUAAUCACAGAGAAGCCUUGGCAGACCCCAGGAAUCUAGGUAAUGGACAGGUAGAGAUGGAGCAACAUCCACCCUCCAGAAGUCCUAGCCCACCUCCAGCCCUGGAGUGCAUCACCUUACCUUCAGGCCACAUUGCCCAGGUCAACUCAGUCCUCCUUGUCGGGGGAGAGGGGAAAGUUUGUGCCACGGGUUCCAGAGACUGGAACGUCAAACUGUGGGAUCUACAAGCAAGCUCUGGUGGCACGUUGCUGCACACACUGGGAGGGCAGGGUGACUUCAGCACCCAUCGGGGCUGGGUCUGGUGCCUGGCAUCUCAGGGACCUCUGCUGGCUUCAGGGGGCUUCGACAGCACCGUGAGGCUGUGGGACCUAGAGGCAGGCGGUGCAGAGAGAGGCCUGAUCAGGCCUGGGGCUGCUGUCCUCUGCUUGUCCUGUCAGACGGAUGUAUUGCUGGCUGGUACAUUCGACAAGAGGGUCAGCAUGUAUGACACCAGAGCUGCUGAGCCCUUGGUGAAAAGCCUCCGUCUCCAUGGUAACGCUGUAAUGUGCCUAGCUGCAGAUGACAAGUACAUCAUCUCUGGGAGUAAAGACUGCACUGUGGCUGUCUAUGACCGCAGGGCAGGCAAAGGCUUGAAGAGACUUCGGCUGAGCUCUUACCUGCUGUCUAUGGACUACAGUGGAUCUGAAGUAUGGGCGGGGGACAACAGCGGCAUGCUGCACUCCUUCUCCAUGCAGGCUGGGACCAUUAAACCCUUGUCCCAGUUUGACGUGGGACACACAGCUCUAGUCACUGGCAUCCACAGGUCCCCCGGAAGCCUCUACACAUGUUCAUCUGAUCGGACUGUCAAGGUACAUAUCCCCUGUGCGCCUCCAAGGACGCUUUGCACACUACAUCACCAAGCUGGAGUCAAUGGGCUGAGUGUGGACGCUGGAGUCCUUGCUAUAGCCUCAGGAGAUUUGUGUGUGGAAGUCUGGAGGCCCAGAAAAUGAAAGAGCAGGACCUGCGACAUAUGUGGAAAGACUUGAAAGCAGAUGGGGACAAGACCUGGAGAAUGUACACGCCAUACCGGUCUUUCAGCAUGCAUGGAGUAAAUGACAAAAAAAAACACUGGUCCAGCCAGAAUCCCUCAACUUUUUGUAUUCCUUGUGUUUGAUCCUGUUGAGACGUUUCUACAAACAAACAAACAAACAAACAAAAAAAAACAUAAUAUAUAAGUACAUGAAAUGUGUGGAUUACUGAUGUUUGUCCCAUGCACUUAAUUGCCAUUUUGUGCCAGUACUCAAAGCUUUCAAGACACUACAUUGGAAGAAGGUAAUCUCCCUUUUUUUAAUUGUUGUGUUUAAACAGCGUGCAUAAUGAGUUUAUACUGUUUACAUUGACUGAAUCAUCAACUGACGUUGUACCAAAAGCAUUAGUUUAAAACAAAAAAAAAAAGCUCAGUGAAACUGAUUGUAUUUGUAAAGCCGUUUAUUUGAAGGCACUCAGCAGUGCUAAUAGUAUGAUCUGUUUUUGUAGGUAUGUCCAGAUACUGUAUGUCGUCUGUGUGUGUUUGUAACAAUGUAUAACCAUUUAAUUGUUUGGAUAAAUCUGACUAUAAAUCGUUUGC